AGAAAAUUAAAAAAAAUGUCGAUAGGCACAAGCCCCUGCAGCACUGGGACGAGGCUCACACUCUGCAACAACGACAGCAAUGAAUUGUCUAGUAGUGUAGCCUCGCGGCUCGCGGGCAGCGCCUCAACCCCCGACCCAAAACCGACCAGAGCCAUCCCCCGUGUGCUGCCGCGCCCGCGCCUAUAUAUCCACCGCGCCCCGUGCGUCGAGCUGGCCGCACAGACAAUCUACCCCACCACACACACACAUCCUCCUCUCAACUCAAGCAGACUCGGAUCACCCCACCUUAUCGCGCGCGAAGCCUUUCUCCCUUUGUCUCCACUCCCGACCGCGAUCGCGCGCGCGGCGUUCGUGGCCACAGACCCAGCAAGCCUUGCACUCGUUGCACCACCAGCCGGCGGCGACCGCGCGAUGAGGGCCAGGAAGGCGAAGACGGCGACGUCGUCGUCGUUUUGGAGGUCGCUCCUGGGCGGCUGCCUCGGCGGAGGCGGCGGCGGAGGGCGGGCGGCGGGGGACAGGCAGCGGAAGGUGCGGCCGGGCGGCGGGGGCGGGCGGCUGUCGUUCACGGACCUGAGCGGCGCCGCGGACCAGGACCUGUCGGCGUCGCUGGUGGGCUCCAACCUGCACGUGUUCAGCGUGGCGGAGCUGCGCGAGGCCACGCGCGGCUUCGUCUCCGGCAACUUCCUCGGCGAGGGCGGCUUCGGCCCCGUCUACAGGGGCUUCGUCGCCGACGGCGCCAAGAAGGGGCUCAAGGCGCAGGCCAUCGCCGUCAAGCUCUGGGACCCCGAGGGCGCCCAGGGGCACAAGGAGUGGCUGGCGGAGGUGAUCUUCCUGGGGCAGCUGCGGCAUCCCAACCUGGUGAAGCUGGUGGGCUACUGCUGCGAGGACGAGCACCGCCUGCUCGUCUACGAGUACAUGGAGCACGGCAGCCUGGAGAACCACCUCUUCAAACAGAUUCCUGCCGUGCUGCCCUGGUCGACCCGACUAAACAUUGCAGUAGGCGCCGCCAAGGGUUUGGCGUUCCUCCACGACGCCGAGAAGCCGGUCAUCUACCGUGACUUCAAGGCCUCCAACAUCUUGCUCGACUCGGACUACAAGGCCAAGCUGUCAGACUUCGGGCUGGCCAAGGACGGGCCGGAGGGCGACGACACGCACGUGUCGACGCGCGUGAUGGGGACGCACGGCUACGCGGCGCCGGAGUACAUCAUGACGGGCCACCUCACGGCCAAGAGCGACGUGUACAGCUUCGGCGUGGUGCUGCUGGAGAUCCUCACGGGCCGCCGGUCCGUCGACAAGACCCGCCCCAGCCGGGAGCAGAACCUGGUGGACUACGCGCGGCCGUGCCUCAAGGACCCGCUCAGGCUGGGCCGGAUCAUGGACCCGGCCAUGGAGGGCCAGUACUCGCCGCGGGCGGCCCAGAGCGCGGCGCUGGUCGCGUACCGGUGCCUCAGCGCCAGCCCCAAGAACCGGCCGGACAUGUCCGCCGUCGUCCGGGCGCUGGAGCCGCUGCUCGACCUCCACGACGACGUGCCCGUGGCGCCCCUGGGCCACGCCGGCCCCGUCGUGCUGUUCGUAGCGGCCGCCGCCGAGGAGGAGAAGAAGGAGCGGGCCCCGAGGAAGGACGUCCACGUCCACCGGCGCAGGCCCAUGUCGCCCAAGGCGAGCCCCAGGAAGCGCCCCGGCACCGGCGCCGGCACCAAGGAGGAGUUCUGGGUGUGGCAUCUGCCGGUGCCGGCCGACCAUAAGACACGUCCGACCUUGGGCGGCGGCGUUGUGCAAGCGUGUGCGUGAGCCAAGGUGCUAUUGGGGCUCAGAUUGUGCCUUGGACCAAAUUGUUGUGUUUUUCAGUCUGCUGUUACAGUGAGAUGAGAUGCAGAGUGACUCGAGCAAAUUGUACACCGGAAGCCAUCGUUCUCUACUCCAGUAUACCCUUGUAUACGCUUGUAUUCAGAUGAAGCGACGAUGGCAAUUCGCAAACGAACAGAAACGUUUGCGUACGUACAGGCCAUGGGCAUGUGACAAGAGGGUAUAAAUCAUGGAGCAGUGAUUGGCUUUUGGCAUCA